AUGGUGAGCAGCAUCACUGUUCACUGUGAAAAAGAGUCCGGGGAGGUUGGAGAUAUACCUGUCGAUGUGAUUGACACACCUGGGCUUUUCGAGAAGGGAAGCAACAAGGAGGACAUCAUCCGAGAGAUUCUUCAACGCCUGAAACUCCAGGAACCAGGACCCCACGUCUUUGCAUAUGUUGUUCCUUUAGGAAGGCUGACUCAGGAAGACCAAGACACCCACACGCUGAUCGAAGCAAAGUUUGGCCCAAGAGUGUGGGACUACACCAUCGUGCUGUUCACCCACGGGGAUCGCCUGGAAAACAAAACAAUAAACAACAUCAUUACUGAGAGUGAUGAGAACCUCCGCAACUUCAUACGCAAGUGUAGCGGUGGCUUCCACGUCUUCAACAACAAAACCCCGGAGGACCAGAAGCAGGUCACAACUUUUAUGGAGAAGAUCGAGACCCUGGUGGCCCUGAAUGGAGGUAGUUACUACAAGACAGAGCUGUAUCCUGAGAAGGAGAGGAAAAUCAGAAAAAGACAGGAAAGCAUCCUUGCAGAGAGACAUGAAGAAAUCAGCAAAAAGGAGGAAAAUCUGAGGGAGCGUUACAAGGAUGAAGACCUAAAGAAGAUGAAGACAAAGCUGUGGAGAAAAGAGGAGGAAAGGGCAAGAAAAGAUGCAGAGGGGGAAAUUAUGCAGCAGGUCGUACCUCAUGAAGAGAAUUCUGUUGCUGGCUUUAUUGUGUCUACUGUUAUGUUGGGAUCUUGGGGUAGCAGCUAA